AUGGCUGAAUCAGACAACUACCCAUUAGGUCGGGAUAUAUUCCACUCAGGCCGUUUGGACGCCCAGAAUUUACUCUGGAGGCUUCACACAGGCUAUAUACUCCACCCUCGUAUUCCCGUCACUGAUGACAUGAGGAUUGCAGAGCUUGGAACUGGAACGAAAAUCUGGCUCUUUGAAGCAACAAAAUACCUCCAACCGAGCACUCAGCUAUAUGGAUUCGAUAUCUCCGAUGAGCAAUUUCCUCUUAAGGAGCAGUGCCUACCUAACCUUCGAUUUGAUAUCAUGGAUUCUUUUGUCGAUCCACCAGCGGCUCUUGUUGGUCGUAACUUCCGAGACCGGGAUUCCGGCACCAUCCUCCGCCAUGUCAUGCAGCUGUUGAAACCCGGUGGAUUUGUUCAAUGGGAAGAGGUAGACAUAACCCAUCAGGUGGUUCUAGGCGAAAAAGCCAAGCAAUUCGAGGCAGGAAUGAAUAAAGUGUUCGGUCAAGUUAGUCUUGAUUACAGCUGGGUACCUAAUCUUCCCAAACGAGUGAAGCAGAUUGGCUUCCGCCUCAUCGAGUUCCAAAGACAGCAGUUCCAGAAUAAUUUGAUGAACAUAUGCACCAAUACGCAUCUCCUGGCACUCCAUGAGAUCCUCCAGGGUCUCCGCCAGUCUUGUCCAUCGGGGGGAAUUCUGGAGCACGAAAUUGCUCUCCACCAUCUACUCUCCGCAGAAAGGAAAAGUAUCACCUACAAUUGGUCUCCGACGGUGCUUUUGGGUCAAACACCUCCGAAGAAUAAGUCAAGCAGUGCAAGCCAUGCAAAAGAAAAGACGAUAUCCCAUCGGAUGCCGGAAGGGACACUCGUAUCUCUUACUGGAGAGUAG